CAAACGGGGCGUUUCUUUGCCGCUACUUCUACUAAAAGUUUAUCACGUAUGUUGGUGUUUUUAACGUAAUGGUGGCGUAUUAAAGCACAGUUCCGGUGGCGUGGGAACAAAAACAUCCAACGUUAGAAGUAUACACGACGCAACGCGUGUUUUUAAUCAGUUUAUUUAACUUUAUAGUGAGUGUAACUCGCCUGCUAGCUGAGCUCACGGAGUAAGUUUCGCAGCUACUUUAAGGGACCGUGGUCGAACGUGUCGACGUCAUAGAGAGGGAGGUGUUGUUGUCAACGGGCCGUUCCUUUACUGCGCCACUUUAAGUGAAACGGGACGCCUUGAAACCUCCGUGUUUGUAUCUUGAAAUUGCGGAGCGGAGAGUUUGAGGCACCAUAUUGAAUCAAAGUUGACAUUUUUUACACAAGUUUCAGGCGUCAAAGUUUCGCGUGGAGCUUGACAAACAAACAACAGAGAGGAGAAGUGUAAUGGACGAGCUGUAGUUGUGGAGAUGUUUGCGACGCUUCGGUUGAGUUAACGCAGCGAGUCAGCGGGCGAGCUCUAAACUUUUAAAGUGUGAGGUCAGCACUCUGGAAAAAGACCUGGAUGUGAUGGACAACCCGUCCUCUAUAAUCACCCAAGUCAGCCGGGAUGAGGAGGGACACAGAGCCGCAGGAGAGAGAGGUUCUUCACCCUCUCUAUCCUCCAAGAAGCCCCGGAGCGGAGGCCUCUUCUCCAGCCUCUUCUGCUGCCUGUGUCGAGACCAGCCUGAACCUCCGCCGGUCAACAACAAUGCCCCUCUGCUGGUCGAGGAGAACGGAACCGUCUCCAAGAUCCAGGCGAAGCCACUGCUGCCUCCGGUGAAGUCAAAAGACUCUGGAAAGAUCUGCGUGGUUAUAGAUCUGGACGAGACGUUAGUUCACAGCUCUUUUAAGCCGGUGAACAAUGCCGAUUUCAUCAUUCCUGUGGAAAUAGAUGGAACAGUGCACCAGGUGUAUGUCCUGAAGCGGCCCCACGUCGACGAGUUCCUGAAGAGGAUGGGAGAGCUGUUUGAGUGCGUCCUGUUCACUGCCAGUUUAGCCAAGGACGGAGGAAAGGACGGAGGCUGUGGACAUGUACCGUACGUUAUAUGGACAAAGGCCCUAAGAGUAUGCGGACCCGUCUCCGACCUACUGGACAAGUGGGGCGCUUUCCGCUCCCGCCUGUUCCGGAGUCCUGCGUCUUCUACCGAGGGCAAUUACGUCAAGGACCUGAGUCGCCUGGGUCGCGACCUUAACAAGGUCAUCAUCGGGGAUAACUCCCCCGCCUCCUACAUCUUCCACCCUGACAACGCGGUGCCCGUGGCCUCGUGGUUCGACGACAUGUCCGACACGGAGCUGCUGGACCUCAUCCCCUUCUUCGAGAGGCUGAGCAAAGUGGAUAACGUCUACACAGUCCUCAAGCACCAAGGGACCGCGAGCUAACAGCGUUCGACCUCUCAUCUCAGCUCUGAACAAAAACGGCGUACAAAAAAAAAUACCCACACCACCACCAGCGAGGCUCCGGCACCAGCUCCAGCUCCAGCUAUCACUGCCCACCAGAACACAGACUUGCCUCACCACUUCACUCUUCACAAGCAAUGACGGCGCCAUCACCGCCACCUCCUGGUCAAACAGAAAACUCCCCUGAAAUCUGCCUUGUGCCCCCUCUCCCUAUCUUACCAACCAGCUACAUGAGUGGAUGGAUGAAUGUUUUAAGGACAUUUCUGCGGGCGCCACUGAACUUCAGGUUUAAGCAGAAGUCUGAAUCCGCCAGACACAGACUGGGAUCUCUCUCAAUGGAUCCUGCAAAAAAAAGGAUUUGGUAAGCGAGUGGAACGGGGGAUUUCUGGAAAUAACUCGGAUCAGUCUCGUCAUUGAAAGAGCAGAUGGUGUAUACGUACCGUAGAUGUCUUUUUAAAACAUUUUUGGAAUAACAUUAUCUUUGUCACGCGCCCUAAUUUGUCACAUUAUUUGUCUGCUGUCAUGUGAUCCUUGGGUGUCAUUUUAGAGUUUUUUAGAGCAGGUAUCUUUUGAAUAAUCGUGACAGUGUUAUGAUGAAUCUGAUCAAAAACAAAAUGAUCAGGAGUUGUUAAAUUGACUAAUAACAAAAUGAUUGGACAGCACUUUACAAGUUUAGUCUAGUACAGUCCCUUUCACUGCAGUGUAGGAAUUGAUUUUAGCACAAUUUGUAUACUAAACCGAACAGCAUUGCGUAAUAAAUGGGGGAUCAUUAUUUGGGAUUGUUGGUAUUUACAUCUAGUGUCAAAAUGUCCUUUUUGCAAGCAGGAAGCAACUUUUUGAACCCUUAAAAAAAUGACUUUUUUCAAUGGAGUUUGGCAUAUAGGAACCUGAUUAAACCAGCCAAGUAAGACACUAAUAUGAAACAAUCUGCACAUGACAUUGAGAGAGCAGCUGCUAUGUUUAUCGGACGCGGAUUUCCAAGGUGGUUUUUAAAGAUUGAUGGACAGUGUGUCAUAGAUAAGAGGACAAGAGGACCAUGAUCGACUCCUCUGAUAAAGCCACACACACAACUUGAAUCCCCUCGCAGCAUUCACCAGACUAUUUGAACGGUAAGAGAAAGUUGUAUGAUGCAAAAACAAGUUUCCUCAUAAGCUCAAAGUAUGUUUUUUUCCCUAAGCGGUACACAUAGGCUGGAAACAAUUUCAGGACUUUGUAAUAAAAUGUGUGUACGAGGGACAGGGAGGGAGGGAGCGGUGGCCGUGAGGACUCGAAGGAUACGAGAGGCGCUCGUGAGCAGACACCUUUGGAAAACAAAAAGUGGUUUUAAUUCAGUCCAGAUUUAAAGGAGAAAUACACCACUGAAACACUGUUAAUACAGCGAAUGCCAAAAGGAAUUCUGGGAAAUGUGGAUAGCACCAACAAAGAGUAGAAGAGGGUGGAAUUUUCCUUUAAAAGCUCAUUGAAUCUAUUGCCUUUUUUUUUUAGCUCUACAUGUGAUCCAGCAGGCCUCUGUUAUCCCCCCUCAUAUUGCGUUGACAAUACCAUGUGUGACACUGAGGAAUGAAACCAUGGGUUUUGACUAAGAGCCUCCGUACGAGCUCUUGUGAUGUGACUUUACCUAGAUGAGGCAGGGGCAUGACAAUUAAAUCCACCAUAUUAAGAGCUAUUAUUUUUCUAUGUUUAACAAAUUAUUGUCAAUCAAAUUAGCCUGUUUUCUUUUCUAAAUAAUUUUUUUUUGCCCUCUUGAUACAAUAUUUUGUGGUUAGUGUGGUUGUUAUCGCCAUUUUCACGCGAGACCUGGUUUGUUUACCCUCGUAUAUUAAGCGGUAAUAUAUGGAUCAGAAAACACAGCAAGUGACUAAAAGGAUGUUGUAGGCACACAGCAGGUAUUAUUUUGUUACAUGUGUUUCAUCUAAGCCAUCGUCGCAUGUCUCGAUUAGGUUUUCGAUGCUGCACUAACUUUUGAAAUUCAUUGGCAACAAUAGUAUUUGAUAGGAAGUCAUUUGAUUACAUAUAAACAAGUGGUUGUGUCACUACGCGGGCCCAUUCACUGAUACUGGACUUCUCACACCAUUCAGUAGAUAUGUAUAUUUGUGUUUGCACAGUAAUAAAGCAAAAAAUUGUCAUUAAUAUACUGGAAUAUUCAUGUUACUGUACUUCAUGAUUGAAUAGAGGUAACCUAAUUUUCUUUUCUUUUUUGACCUGGUUGUUUAUCAUACUCAAAUUAUAUAUGGACUGUAUGUAAUAAUGCCAUUUUUUUUCCCCCCAUAAGCUGCUAAAUGAAAGAUGGUCCAAGUGCU